AUGGCUGAUAACGUUGCCGAAACCUGUGUGCCCACACCCCUUGCUCACGGUGAGCAGGACAAGGCUAUUCACGAGAGUGCUUCUGUCGCAUCUGUCGAGGAAUUCAGUGUCAGUGCCGCUGCUGCUCUCAAUGGUGAUCAGGCCAAGGCACUCAAGAUUCACAAUGAUGGCCGCAAGACCAAGGGCUGCCCAGCACUAACUUGGGAUGCCGGUUUGGCCCAGCAUGCUCAGCAGUGGGCCAACCACCUGGCCCAGAUUGAUAAGAUGGAGCACUCCUCUGGCAACCAGCGCCCUGGUGAGGGUGAGAAUCUUGCCUGGUACUCCAACUCUCCCAACGACCCCCUUUCGGGUGGAGCCCAGAUGUGGAUGAACGAGGCCAAGGACUACCAUGGCGAGCCUAUCGGACAAGGGAAUUUUGGAAAAUAUGGCCAUUACACUCAAUGCAUGUGGAAAUCCACCACCAAGCUCGGAAUGGCCAGUGCCAGAUCUGCCAAGGGUGGCACUUACAUUGUUGGUCGAUACUCUCCCCCUGGCAACUGGACUGGACAGAAGCCCUACUGA